AAUAUUAUUAGUAAUAUCUUAUUUUUCGUAAAGCAUCAUAUUAUACAAUUACACUGUCACAAUUAUGGAAGAAUUACAUAUUAGUGAUGAGGUCUACAAUCAAAUAAACGAAUUUCUACGUCCGGUAUUAACUGACGAACAAAAAUUACUAAUUAAUAAAGUUAUACCAUCAGAAUUGUAUGAAAGUUAUAUUAAAUAUGGAUUAUGUGAACGUUGCAGGCAAAUUAGAACUCAUUAUACUUGGUGCCAAACUUGUAAUUCUUUAAUAUUUAAAGAAAAUUUCAAAAAUUGGACAAGUGGAAAUGCUAAUAUUGACAAAUUUAUUCAAGAAGCACAAUUGAAUGCUAAAGAAUUUUGGCAAGUAUUAGAAUGGAUAGAUUAUAGUCAAUUUUCCAAAGUUAAAUAUAUUGCAAAAGGUGGUUUUGGUACUGUUUAUACAGCAAUAUGGAAAGAAGGAUAUAUCGGUUCUUGGGAUAAUAAACUUAAAAAAUGGAAUAGGGAUAAACAAAAUUGUCGAGUGGCUUUAAAGUCUUUAUAUAAUUCUCAACUUUUAGUACAAGAAUUUUCAAAAGAGGUUAAAUUUCAUUCGGAAUUGAAUUAUCUUCCUAAUUAUAUUAAAUGUUACGGCGUAUCCCAAGAUCCUAAUACAAAAAAUUAUAUAAUGGUAAUGGAUUACGCUUCUAGAGGUAGUCUUCGAAACUUUUUAAAUGAAAGUUUUAAAGAUAUGAGUUGGAAAGAUAAAAUACUUUAUAUAUCUUGGAUUAUUGAUGGUUUGAAGGAUAUUCAUGAUAAAGAUAUAAUUCAUAGAGAUUUUCAUUCAGGAAAUAUCUUGAUAAAAGAUGCUCAUAAUUUUUGUAUUGGUGAUUUAGGUUUAUGUGAAAUAGAUGAUGGAAAAUCUGUUAAUAACGAAGACAAAAAAAUAUUUGGUGUAUUACCUUAUAUUGCUCCUGAAGUAUUAAAAGGUCAAAAAUAUACAAAAGCAGCUGAUAUUUACGCAUUUGGUAUUAUAGCUUAUGAGAUUUUUACUGGAUUGCCUCCAUAUUGUGAUAUACCACAUGAUCAAUCUUUAGCUUCAGGAAUUUGUAAAGGACUUCGUCCACAAUCAAAAGAUUAUCAUGUACCUCAACUACUCUUAGAUUUGAUUGAACAGUGUUGGAAUACAGAUCCUUUGAAACGACCAAGUGCAAAACAAUUGAAAGAUAUGAACUCUAGAUUUUUUAGUGAUAUAUCUGUUGAUAGAAGGGAAAAGGAUCCCUUCUCAAAACAAGAUCCUGAUGAAUCAGGAAUAUCUAAACAAUGUGCUCAAGCAAAUAAAUUGAAUAAAAAAGUAGAUCAAAAUAAUUCAAAAAUUUCGUAUAAAACGCAUCCACAAGCUGUUUAUACUAGUAGGCUUUUGAAUUUUAAAAAUCUUUCAGAUUCUCACAAAUUUGAUAUUCCAGAAUCUUUAUAUUUUGAUCUUGAUAGUUUUGAUGAGGAAGAAGAUCAUGACGAUAAGCUAAAUAUUUUAUGUAAUCAACAAAAUGAUUAAUUUAUUUAUUUUUAAAAGAUAUUUUAUUACCUUGAAUACAAUCUAUGUAUACCCUUUUUUCUUAUGACCA